CUCUCUAACUACAAUUGUCCAUCAGUUUUCUGAUUCUACUUCGACAGUGUUUAAUGUUUGUUCAUAUUUCAGCUUUUAUUUUUGAUUUUUUGAAGCAAAGUUGAAAUGAUUUUGUAAAGUUUUUUUUUAAAAAUUUAUUUUGUAAAGCUUCUCUGAGACUUUUUUUCCUUUUAUGGGGUCAAAACUCGGGAGAAGAAAAGUCAGAGUCAGAGUCAGAGUUUCAUUACUCAUUAUAAGCUUUUUUAGACGAGAAGUUGAAAGGGGGAUAUUCGUUUCUUCUUCUUCUUCGACUUUUCUGGGGUCUCUUCCUCUUCCUUACCCAAAAGUUUCGAUGAAACAGGAUUCGAUGCAUAGAUCAUGUCUCUGUAGUAUCUUCAUCACCACUGCUCUGAUCUGUGGUGCUUACUUCAUUGGAAAUGCUUAUAUUGAUGAAGAAUUUAAAGAGAAAUUGCUGAGAUGGGAAAUCACUAAUAGGAUGUAUAACGUCACUGAUAAGAUACAGAACGUCGCUGAUAAGGUGCAUAACGUCACUAACAAGAUACAGAACGUCGCUGAUAAGAUGCAUAACGUCACUGAUAAGAUACAUAAUGUCGCUGAUAAGAUGCAGAACGCAACGUCCCCUACAUGCGAGAAUCUCGAUAAGCCAUUGGGUACUGAAGCAUUACCGCAAGGAAUUAUCGUUAAGACAUCAAACUUGGAAACGCAACAUCUAUGGAACUACCGUCACAAUAAAAAGGGGAACCCGAACCGUGCAAUGAGUUUGUUAGCCAUGGCAGUUGGAAUCAAGCAAAAGGAGAUAGUCAACAAUGUUAUCCAAAAGUUUCCUUCUCUAGAUUUUGUGGUCAUGCUUUUUCAUUACGAUGGCGUUGUGGAAGAAUGGAAGCAAUAUCCAUGGAAUGAACAUGCAAUUCAUGUUUCCGUGAUGAAUCAAACGAAAUGGUGGUUCGCCAAGCGGUUCUUGCAUCCUGAUAUAGUUGCAGAGUAUGAGUAUAUAUUUCUUUGGGACGAAGAUCUUGGUGUAGCUCAUUUCAAUCCUCAACGAUACCUAUCUAUUGUCAAAGAAGAAGGUUUUGAGAUAUCGCAACCCGCUCUUGACACUACAAAAACAAAGGUGCACUAUCCUAUCACCGCUCGUCGCAAGAAGUUAAAAUUUCAUAGACGUAUGUAUAAAAACAAAGGCAGGGUGCAUUGCGAUGAUCAUAGCACUGAUCCUCCCUGCACCGGGUGGGUAGAAAUGAUGGCACCUGUUUUCUCUAGAUCAGCAUGGAGAUGCUCUUGGUAUAUGAUUCAGAACGAUUUGAUACAUGCCUGGGGCUUGGAUCUGCAGCUUGGUUAUUGUGCUCAAGGUGAUCGGAAGAAAAAUGUAGGUGUUGUUGAUGCGGAGUACAUAGUGCAUUACGGUCUUCCCACACUGGGUGUGGUUGUAACUGCUUCGAGCUCUUCACCGAAUGAGACAAACCCGAAAUCACGGGUUUCACAAGAAUCAUCAGAGUCUCGUGAAGUGGAUAAUAGACCAGAAGUGAGGAGGAAAUCAUAUGUGGAGAUGAAGAGAUUCAAGGAACGUUGGAAGAAAGCUGUGGAGGAUGAUAUAUGUUGGGUCGAUCCGUAUUGAAAACCCAAGCGAUGUAUCUAAACCGAACCAGACCGGAUUACCUUCACGAAUAGACUUUUGAGAUUGUUCUUGUUAUUUUGUGGUCUAGUGUAUACCAUUGUUUUGGUACAUAGAUUGGAAAAAGUCAGUGUAUGUACUUAUGUGUUCGGUGUUGGACCACAGAAAUGCUGAUGAGUUUAGCAAACUUCAUAUAGACUAUAUUAUAUUAUUUUUUCAAAUUAAACUAAAUUAAUAUUUAUUAUUUCAGUAUUAAUUAUAAAUUUAAUUACUUAUUUAAUAAAUAAAAUUAAACUUUUAAAAAUAUUUUGUUAUAAUAAGUUAAUAUUUGAAAGUUUUUCGAAUAACAGAAUAAUCUCAUGUAUAUGUUCUUGUUUAGUGUCUAAGUAAUGAUCAAAUUAACUCUAAUAUAAAUCUUAGAUAUAUUCAAAAAUUAUAAUGAUAGUUCGUGUAAAACACAUAAAUAUGUAAUGUUAGUUUUAAACAAUGUUUCGAUUUUAAUAAAUAGAUAUUGUAGCUCAGUAAAAUAAUUAUCUAAACAUGCAUAGACUCUAUUUGAGGAUUAGACUUUGAAGAUUUGAAGGUUUUAAAAUGAACUAAAGCAUUUUUUUAAGGCCGGAUUGUAUUAUUAAGCUUUCUAGGUAAAAAGUUCUAAACAACGAGAACUAGCAAAAUAAAUGUAUGAAACGGAUACACCAGUAAGAAUCCAAAAUAAACUAACACACAUCUAUUUUGCGUAUGAAUGACUAAAGAUUUUUCAUAUACAACUCCAAAUUUGCUUAUGGAAUAAUUGAAUCUCAAAGGAGAUAAUAUUCGUGUUAAUCCAAAAAUACUAUACUUCAAACUGAAUUGAGAAUGAUUGUCACUCUCUUUUCAAUACUUUAGUAGGAGCCACCGAGACACGACAACUCUUUAUAUUGCUCUAUUGAUAAUAAUAAAGUCAAAGAGAUUACAGUUUUUUAGAAUUUGAUGUUGCUUUUUGAAGUAACCAUAGUUUGAAACAAGAACUCUACCACCAUCACAAUAAGAAUCAUCAAUGAUUGAAGCCGGUAAGACUCGUCGCCACCAUCCGCAAUAGAUCUAUCAAUUAUCUUUUCUAAACGGUUCAACUGAACCGAAAUUUUUGUUUUCCUAAAUCCAUUGGAAGAAGCAUACAAAAGAACAAUAAAUUUUUUUACCAGAUUUAAAGUAAAUUGGCAAUCUAACAACUAAGUAACAAGAAAUAAAUCAAAUCAAAGAAAGAAAAGCAAAACGAAUUAAAUAAGCCGAUGACGGAGUUAUAAAAGCCUUUGGUCAUCGGCUUGAAACUAGAAAAAAAUCUCUCUUUUUUUCUUGACGGUUAGGGUUUUUAAAGCCUAUAAAAUCAAGUAUUUUACCAAUUCAUUUUUACUUUCCUAAUUUUUUUUAAAACCUUUUAAAUCACUUAGAAUCUAACUUCUCAUUUUUCUUCAUGUUACUUUAAUUUUUUUUUAAGCAACAGUUUGAUUAUUACUCCCUCUGUUUCAAAAUACAUGAAGUUUUAGGUUGGGGUACAACUAUUAAGAAACUUGUUUUUUUAUCCAAAAAAUAUCGUUAAAAUAUAAAUUUAAAAUUAUUCAACCAAUCACAAAACAGACUACAAAAUAUGAUUGGUUACACAGUUUUUGAUAAAGUUAAAAGGUACAUUGAAAUAUGAAAACAUCAUCUAUUUUGAAACAUCAAAACUCCCUAACUCAUCAUCUAUUUUGAAAUGGAGAGAGUAUUAUUUUAACCACAUCCACAAAAGUCACAGCUAAGUAUUUUUGGAAGUCAUUAUUUUAAAAUUUUCAACAGUAAAAAUCCUAAACCGGAGGUGUCAAAAUGAGUUAAUUCACUCAACUCAACUCAGUUCAUAGUAAGCUCAGAUCUUUCAUGAGCUACAUAAGCUCAGCUCGUUUAUUAUAUAAACUUUAAUAUGUAAACUCGGACUCAGAUUAUCUAGAUCAUGAGUUAAAUAAACUAACUCGCAAUCCAAUAUAAAAGUAAUAAUAAUAAAAUAACUUCAAUAAUAUUAUUAAAAUUUUAAAUAUUAAAAAUUCAAAAUAUUAAUAUUAAAUACUACAUAAAACCGACACCUAAAAUAAUUAAAUCAAAUCUAUAUCAAUGAUCCAAAAUCCCUAUUUCUUAGGAGAGUCUUGAGACAGUUCAUCUUCAAAGUGUUCAUCUUUCCAAAUCAUAAAAUUAAAAUAAAACGUUUAUAAAUAUUUAAUGCUACAAUAAUAACAAAUUAUAAAUACUUAUUUGAGAUAGAAAAUAUAUUACCAUUAUUGUCGGUCAUAAAACUAAACAACGAAG